UAAUCACAAUAAUAUAAAAUGUAACUACUUAGUAAAAUUAUAGACUGACAGACCUAACAAAUUAAAAUUGAAUGCAUCCAUUGUAGUGGCCAGUGAGACUUCUAGACACUUAAUGUACAUCAGGGUGUUACGCACUCUUUUUACUUACGGAAAUACACACGUAAUUUUACGGCAUAUGGCACUAUAUAUCCCCGCUGUAGGUGGAUUGCUAAGUUUUGUAUCGUCUUACACUGGGGACAACAGAUUUGCCAGACACUCAAACACGGCUUUCAGAUUUACGCUUUUCCACUUUCGUGAAAUCACAAGACUUGUAAGAACAUAUUUUUAAAUAUAGUUGUAUUAUAUUGAUUAAUUUUUAAAUUUCUGUGGUAGGCAUGUUUGAAUUAAUCCUUUAGGAAUGUGUUCAUUGCUCGAGAAAACUAGCUACGAAAAAAUCUCAGUUUUCCCUGAUGAUUUUGAGAAAUUUGGGAAAUUAUUUACUUUUGAAUUUUGACUCACCAAUGUACCAACUAGAUUCACUUUACUACUAGAAAAGAUGCUCAAGUAGAAAAUCUAAGCAUUUUUACCAAAAGAUGGCAACGGACAGUAAAAAAUGUGCGCUUCAUUGUAUAAUCAUUACAUUCAUCGUUCCGCUCACAAUCUAAAAUAUGGGGUGUAAUAAUGAUAGAUCGCUUCCACGUACUACGCCUUAAUUAUUUGACCGCAAAAUAUCUAUCAAUUAUCAAAUAGUAAAUAAUAAUAAAGAUGUACUGAUAAAAUAUACUAUAUUUGAUACCCUGGUGUGUAAAAUAGUGAUGUUUCACAUGUGUAAUUUCCAUCGCCGGAAUUGAGGCAUUAGUUGGCUGCAUCACUACAAUUAAAGAUAUUCUGGUUACACAACCAGUAAGAAAAAAAUAGCCCUCCCCGAUUAGUCGUGACGCGGGAAAAGGUAUUUGGCAUGAGCAAAUACGAUUUAAGAAUAUGCAUACAGGUUUCAUAUAGCCCUAUAAUAAACGGCUUUCAAAUUGACUCACAAAGUUAAUAUGCAAAAUCAUCAUAUGUCAACCAUAGGACAAUAUAUUCUGUCAACAUUUAUAACUAAUUAAGACACCUAUAUAAUAUCUAUAAUUGGUCCAGUACUAGUGUUUACUGUUCCCGCUUGGAGCGCUACACCUUAUUUCUAGGCUACCUAGUAAUAGCUUUUUGGCCCUUUUGUCAGAUUUUGUACCGAUGAGCAACCAGUACAUUUUUACUAGGUAUAUCUUAAAUCUUUUCAUGGGCAUAAGGUAUCUUAGCCCGUGCCUUUAAUCGUGCGUAGAUCUAAACUUAGCUCUCCUGAUAGAAAAAGGGUUCAAACAGCUUACGAAGUUAUUUUGCCGGAUUCAUUUUUAAAAAGUUCCGACAACGCCGUCGAUACCAUAAGUCACGGAUACCUAGUUAUAAUAAUUUUCCCCUGAAGCUUUAAAUAUUAGUUCUGCAUGCAUUUGGGAACAUAAACCAGGUUUGGCACGAAAAACCACAGCCCGAAAAUCCCGGGCUGCUUUUCUGAAUAAAAUAGAAAUUCACUCUAAUUUGUUUUGACUUGUGGACUGUGGUUAUUAUUUAAAUGUGUUUUAACUAUUAACACCAUCAAUAAAUAUAGGUUCAAACGCCACAAGGCUUUACGACCACUGCCAAGGAUUGGUAGCACGAUUUAUAAAUGGACAGUUAAAUGAAAAUAUAACAACUAACAACAAAAGUACCUACAAAACAAAAAGCUUAAUAACAUCAAUAACAAUACUAACAAUUCACGAUCGGUUAUUGGGAAAAGGUGGAGAUGUCAAUAUUUAAUACAUAUUAUGAUAUAGGUUUCGGCGGGGCCGGUAUAGAGAUAUAAAUAAAAUAAUAAAAAACAGUGCAGCGAAUACAUGAAAGAAAUUCUUAUUUUUGUGGCUACGUUUUUUUAUGAAAAACACUAUAAAACCUCCCAUUAUUACUUUUACAAUAAAGCCAAAUAGGUUUUUGGAUUUUUUUUUUUUGUUUUAUUUGAAAAAACUAGAUAAAACCCAAUGCGGUUGGGUUUGAAGCCCGGGUUUUUGCCAACCCUGCAGGCUUGUGUGAAACAUAACGGAAGGGGCCAAAAAUUCAUGUUAUUUUAUACAUCAGUUGUAUGCCUAGUAUAUUAUGAAUUUAUAAAGCUCCGCUUUUAUUUUUUUACUUAGCUUCGCGCUGGAUUUAAUAAUUGUGAUUGGCACGUGUCAUUUCAUGGCCACCUUAUCAGAAACCAAAGGGGAACCGGUAUACCUGCAAUCGUUGUCUUAACUUAACUGAUUAUGAACAAGUGACCUAACAAGCUGCAGGUCAAAUAUGAUUCAAACUACUCCAUCCGACUCUACCAUCGGUAACCCCACUCUCGGCGAUUUGCUGGCGGAGUUGGUUAUUGUAAAAUACAAAUAAGUGUUAUCUAUGUGUAUUGUAAUCAUUGCAUCAGAUUACAAUAUAAACUGAUCAUUUGAUAUUGAUACCAUCAACGAGCAUAUUAAACUGAAAAGGCUGAAGAACAGAAGAACAGUCUAAUUGUACAAAACAUAUAAAUAGAUGACCGAUUUGCCCGAAAAAGUCGUUCAGCGUACGCAGCGAUCCCAAUGACUGAUUUCUGAACUACACUAUACUUAUUAUAACAAUACUGUUUUUAUUCCUACUUUUUUUUUUUUAACCUAUGGUGUUUGAACAACUAGAGGUUUCGGGAACAGACUUCUCUACUAAACGAUCUGACCCAAAUGUAUUCGUACUGAGUCGAUUGGCUGUGGAGCAAAAUGCCGCCAAAUUGUCGAUGUAUUAUUUUAAGGUCAAAAGUCAUGCAUAGAAUAUUUGGUGGGUUCAGAUAAUAUUGUAGUGUCUGAAAACAAGCAGGUAGUCACUUAACCUUCAGGUCUUUUUACUUGAAUCAAUACAGAACAGCCUUUGUCUACGGACUACAACUGAAACCCAACGACUAAUUGAACAAAAUACUCAAGAUGAAUGAGUUUUGGAGCCGUCGUACUUGCGUCAUUCUGACUGGCGCUAGCAGAGGAAUAGGACAGUGUUUGGCUGUAGAAAUUGGUAAAGUGUUGGUCCCAGAGUCAACCAUUGUUCUCAUGGCUAGAGAUACAAAUGGUCUGGAAAAAACCAAAGAAAUGGUGAACAAAGAAAAUAGUGACAUUUUGGUAGAGUAUUAUAGCAUGGAUUUAUCUAAUUUCAACGUAACAAUGUUUGAAAAAAUGUUUGAAUCUAUCGAUUCGACGAAGUUCGAAUUAUUUUUAUUAAUUCAUAAUGCUGGGUCAGUUGGUAAUCUGGAUCAUCUUGCAGCUGACAUGAAUGAUCCCGACGAAUGGAACAAAUAUAUGUUGUUGAAUUUAUAUUCAGUAACUUGUUUAACAAGUGUAUUUUUAUCCAAGUUCAAUUCAGAUACAGCUGAAAGAUGUAUUGUCAAUAUUACUUCAUUAUUUGGGAUUGAACCAUUUAAAUCAGUUGGAUAUUAUUCUGUUGGGAAAGCUAGUAGAGAAAUGUACUUCAGAGUAUUGGCUGUAGAAAAUCCUACAUUGAACAUUCUUAGCUAUUCCCCUGGACCUGUGUUGACCGAGAUGUAUACAAAUAUUAGUUUGAAUUCAAAAGACGAAUCAGUACGCGAACAACUUACGAGUCGACAGAACCAACGAUAUAUUGUGAAAGUAGAAGACGGUUGUCAAAAACUUGUGAACAUAUUAGCUAUGAGAAGUUAUAAAAAUGGCGGUAGAGUUGAUUAUCAUGAUAAAUAAUUGUAUUCUUCAAAAAGCUGGUGUUUAGUUAAUUUUAUUAUAUGUAUAGUUUAUUGAUUGUAAAAUGCUGAAGGAAGAGAAUUCCAUUAUUAUACAUUAGUAUACACAAUAUAGUAUUAAAUAUUUAUAGUUUAGUUUUUUACACUGAUAAAAUAAAAGCAUUCUUUUUUAUGUUUGAGGCAA